AUGCGGUCCCUUCGUGAGGUCCUGGCUGCCGAUCGAGACCUAGCCCUACAUGACCAGACGAACCAAGGGAAUGUCCUGGCCUGCGUGGCGGUAGACCGGGCGAGUUGCCACUUAAUGCGAACGGGGGCCUACACCCAUUUCUCCGACUGGCGAUUUAUCCACCGGACCCGACACAACCUCCACCCCCUGAACGGCGCCCGGAUGAGGGGACAGGCGGAGCGCGACCAGCGGUUCCGCGUUUGUGGCUACUCUCGCGAGAUGCCGCCACACGUGGUGUGCCACUGCAUGGCUCAUAGCACCACGUAUACGGCGCGACACAACGGCGUGGUGGAGCGCCUCCGCACUGCUGCAUCGCCCCGCUUCACCGUGACCUUCGCCAACCGCUCCGCCGGCGAAACCAACUUGCGACCCGACCUCGUCUUUGUGAGCGGAGAGGAAGCCAUCGUUCUCGACUUGGCCUGCCCGUUCGAGAACACGCCCGACUCCCUCACCAACACGCGCAACGAAAAGGUGGCAAAAUACGAGCCUGUGGCCGCCUACCUUCGGCGUCGCUACCAGAGCGUCAUCGUGGCCGCGAUCGUCGUGGGAGCCCUCGGCACAUGGUAUCCUGCCAACGACACCGUGCUUCGGCGACUGUGUGCGCGCCGGUAUUUACGCCUGUUCGGGCGCCUAUGUGUUAGUGAAGUGAUAGCGGCCACGCGGGCGAUUUAUCAUGAGCAUGUGCGCGCUGGCCGGACAUAA